AUGAGAUCGAGCCAGAACAUCAUAGUUCUAGAAGAAAAAACGUUUAGGGGACGAGUGUGGGAAUGGCUUCAUUUUUUUAGGGACAAAUUUUUGAACCAGCUCAACGGACCUAUAGCAGAGCCUUUGGAAAACUGUAAUCUCUUUAUAGACGAAGUCGGCUCCGAACUGCGCGUGAAGUAUUUUCUCGUAAAAUACGUGCAAAGCAUGGUCGGUACCGAUGCCAAUGUUCAAGUUGACCUCCUUGUUCAUAGUGUUGAUUUUUCUGAGGGGAAUCAGCCUCAAUGGAAUGACGUGAAAGUGGUCGGCGAGUUCAUGAAAACGGCUGACACAAAUGCAAGGAAAGCGAAAUUUCUCCAAUUAUCCACAUACGUUCGGAAAAUAUUUUCUGCACAGCCCUUGCGGCGGUUUAUACAUUGCUUCUGCUUGUUCAAAUCAUAUUUCGAACUCUGGAUAUUUGAUCGCACGGGCGCAUACAGCUCGGGCGUUAAAAGUAUAGGCAGUGUAAAAGAGAUGUUUGUUCAAGCGAUAAGCUCGUAUUUGUUAAUGAGCGAUGAAGAACUUGGCCUCGACUUGUCUACCAGUCAAGUCGGCGAAAAUGGAGUUGUCACAAUAAAUGGAAGCAAUGAAGAUCCCACCAUGCAAUUUAAGAUCGACCCUGAGCCGAUUGUCCGACCCCAGAGACUGAUAACUCGAGGUACCACCUGCUUCGAGACCGUAGAUAAAUUAUCUGUGGUCAAGUACGCAUGGACCAGUGUGAAGGGUAGUUCUAUAAUCGACUUUCUCGAAGUCGCACUGCCAGUACGCGGCAUGGUCAACUACCUAACGUCGGAUGAAGUCUAUCGGUCAAGUCACCACUUGGGAAGCUUAGAUUUUACCGAUGCUGACGCUUGGGACUUAGAGACAGAAACUCUGAUCAUAUCCAGGGCCACAAAACUAAUGCAACCGACUGUUAGCCCGUGGGAUAGGGAUCUCAAACUCAUCAGGAUUGCCAUCUCACUACCUGGUCGACCCCUGAAGGCCAGCAAGACGGUUCUUGAAUUUCUUGUCGGGGUUCGGGACGCAAUCUUGGGUCAUCGACGCCUACAUGAUCGGGGCAUCCUACAUGGCGAUAUCUCGGAAGGCAACGUAAUCUUGACAUUGCCAACUGCACGUGACGAAUCAAAGGGAUUGUUGAUUAACUUGGACCACUCCGUCGGGAUGAGCGAGAGUUUGCAAACAGAUGAUGACCAAAAUUUAAUAGGCACGAUGAAGUUUAUGGCACUCGAAAGAUUAUAUUAUGUUUCAGAAGAGAAGUCUAUAAUCCCACGCACGUAUUGCCAUGACCUUGAAUCUUUUUUCUAUGUGUUCCUCACCGGAUGUAUAGAAUAUGAGCUCGUACCUCAGUCCAAGUCAUAUGACCUGCAGAACUGGUGCACGUCCAAACUCGACAAAAAAAAAAAAAAAAAAGCUAGCCAUAUCAAUAAUUUCGAAAAGAUUGUUUUAAAAAAGUUCACGCCCAGCUUUGUCGGCCUUAAGGAACUAGCCAAGACCUUAAGGAUGAUAUUGUUUGGCAAGUAUGGAAAUGAUUUUGGGACACCUCAUGACUGUCGUCCAAUGUACUAUGAAAUCAUAAAGUCGUUUAAUAAAACUAUCGAGCAGAUUACAGGUAAGGUAUAUUUGUGA